AUGGAUAUUUUAGAAGAAACAGCUGCCCCAUUAAAAGAUUUUGCCAAAAACUCAAUCCGUUUAUUCAAAAAAUGUACUAAACCAGAUGCCCAAGAGUUCCAAAAGAUUGCUCUUGCUACUUUAAUUGGUUUCGCAAUUAUGGGUUUCAUUGGUUUCUUUGUUAAAUUGAUUCACAUCCCAAUCAACAAUAUUUUAGUUGGUGGUGUUUAA